AUGUUAUUCUUCGGUACCUUUGUUGGCUUAAUUUUGACCUUUAAAUUACUUUUAAUUAUAGUUACAAUCCGAUUUUUCGUUUCUUCCACUGUAUUCCUACUUACCAUCAACCGUGGCAUUAAGUUCCUCUUCUCUAAAGACUCAAAGAACAUCAAACAGAAGAUGAAAGAGUUGGAUCAGCAGUUACGUAAGAGAUUCAAGAAGAUUCUUGGCAGUUUCGAGGAAUUCAAGUCAUCUUUCGAUCGCGAACUACUUUGGAAGAAUCCAAGACAAACUAUGGAAGUCGAAUUAUUUUUAUUUUCAAUUGCACUCAUGUUUUACAACUUUGAUUCAGCAUUUGUGUUGGCAACAUCAAUAUUGGGCCUUGGAUUCGUCGAAAGAUGGGAUCCUUUCGGAUUUUGCUCUCUCUAA